AUGACAGAUUUGAGAAUAGAUGUGAGUAAAGAGCCCUUCAAAAUCCAAAAGAUCGAGCGUGAUCCUGACCGGAAUCCUUCGCCACUAUGCCACGGUCCUGAUGAACACGCCCCCAAAUCGCCAUCCACUCUUGCCGAGUCUCGCGAGCGCCUUGCUCUUCUCCGCGGCGUGAAUCUCCGCAACAAUGCCUGCUCCGUGCUCGACCGCGAGUCCUUCGAGAUGCGCAAGAACUACAUGGUUACUGGAUUCCGCAACGGCGCAUUUUUGAAGGACCCCAACAACCGUGGCCAACCGCCCGCGAACCCCAUGACCGACCCCGCGGGCAUGGAAGCUAUGAUGGGAAUGCUUAAGGGAAACAUGAUGAUGAUGAUCCCGCAAACCUUGAUCAUGAGCUGGAUCAACGCCUUCUUCUCUGGCUUUGUUAUCUUGAAAUUGCCCUUCCCGCUUACCAUCCGGUUCAAGUCUAUGCUGCAGUCUGGUGUCAUGACUCGCGACCUUGACGUACAAUGGGUCUCCAGUCUUUCGUGGUACUUCCUCAACUUGAUGGGCCUUCAGUCCGUUUUUGGAUUCAUCCUCGGCAGUGAUAACUCUGCCAACCAAAUGGCCCAGCAGAUGGGUAUGGCUAACCCUGCCGCAAUGGUCAACCCGCUCCAGCCCGGCCAAGACCCCGACAAGCUGUAUCUGAACGAAGCGGAGAACUUGGAAGUGAUGGAGCACUUCUGUAUUCUCGAUGGAGUGGAAGAGAGAAUCCUGCAAAACUUUGCUCCUGCGGGGAUCUAA